CAGAGAAUCUUUACACACUCAUCUUUUUCUUUUUUUUUUGCUGAAUUUGUGUUCAUCUUCUUUCGGUGCAAUCAAUGGCAACACCUGGCUCUUCUUGUAAUGAAAAAUCUGUGAUGGCAUCUGAGGUGGAAAAUGGUGAAGAAUUUAAAGUUGAUGUGUUCUCAUCAUCAGAAGAGUUGCUUUCGAAGCUUCAAGAGAAGUGGAAGGGGAAGCCGAAAACGUACCCGGCGAUGUAUUCGAGCGUGUUCGGUGGGAUUAUUAUGGACCAAGCGAUGAUGGUUAUCCCGAUGGACGAUCACAUGGUUCAUCGAGGCCACGGUGUUUUCGACACCGCCAUCAUUCUCGGCGGACACCUCUACGAGCUGGACGCACACCUCACCCGUUUCCUCAAGUCGGCAUCGAAAGCGAGAAUCGACUCUCCGUUUCCCAAAUCCACCCUAAAAAAAAUCCUCAUUCAACUCGCAUCCGUCUCAAAAUGCAAGGAAGGCACCCUCCGAUACUGGCUAAGCGCGGGCCCCGGAGACUUCCUCCUCUCCCCCACCGGGUGCUCCUCGUCCGCCUUCUACGCAGUGGUCAUAGACGAAAGCAUCUCCCAAUGCAAAGAAGGGGUCAAAGUGAUCACCUCCAAGAUUCCGAUGAAAUCUCCGCUCUUCGCCACUAUGAAGAACGUGAACUACCUCCCGAACGUACUCGCGAAGAUGGAGGCAGAGGAUGUGGGGGCCGACGCCUCCAUCUGGAUCGACGACGAGGGUUUUGUGGCGGAGGGCCCGAACGUGAAUGUGGCAUUCGUUACGAACGAGAACGAGCUCGUGCUGCCGUUUUUCGACAAGAUUUUGAGCGGUUGCACCGCGAUGAGGCUUCUUGAGGUGGCGGAGGAGUUAGUGAAGCGGGGCCCAUUGAAGGGCGUUCGGCUCGCGAAUUUGAGCACGGAGGAAGCCAAGAAGGCGAAGGAAAUGAUGUUCGUCGGAAGCACGCUUCCUUUAUUGCCGAUCGUCGAGUGGGAUGGCGUGCCUAUCGGAGAUGGUAAGGUGGGAGAAUUGACAAUGGCACUGUCGGAUUUGCUGUGGCAUGAUAUGGUCGCUGGACCGGAGACAAAGAGGUUUCUUGUUCCUUAUGUUUAGGAACUUCUAUUCUAUGAUGUUUUAAAGACAAGUUUGUUCUAAGAUUGUUCUAGAAGAAAACUUGAUGUGUGUGUGUGGUUGUUUUCUUCUUUAUUUUCACUUUAUUUGCUUAAUAAUUGUGAGUUAUUACCACAACCCCCUUUGUAAUCUUUAAUUGUCGAAAAAAUCCUAUGUUAAAAGAAAGAGUAAAUUUCACGUUCCCCUUGUA